CUUCUUUACAAAAUUGUUAUUGUCUUUACUUCCGUAUUGCAAAAUAACUAUCGAAUUGAACAUUCAUUCAUGUUCACGUAGAAUUAGUUCUACUUGAAUCGGUAUAACUACACAGAUAGUCAUAAAGCUGGGAGUUGGAAUAUUGCAACUUCAGAAAGAAUUUAGUUUAAAGGUGCUAGUGGAUAAAAAAAAUUGUAUUUAAAGAACAUGUAUGAAGAUUUUGCGUUUUAGUAAGUGUUUUAUUUAUCUUACAUAUCCUGUAUAACAUUUAAUAAUCCUUAAAUGCCAUUUUUAAUAAUAAAAACAAAUCUAUCAUAAACAAGUUUUCUUUGUGCUCAGAGUCUCUUCUCUUAGAUGAAGUGAAAAAGCUUGGAAGUGAAAUGGUGGCGAUCUAGUAAGGUUUCGUCUGUAAUUUUAAUAAUUAUCCUCGAGUGCCCAAUUUCGACGCAUACAAGCAGUAUGUUGAAGUUUUGUUGCUCAAUAUAGGGAUUUAGGUAAUUAAUUUUGUUAUUUCAUUACACAUGUACCUUUUAUUUACACAUUUUAAAUUCAAUUGAUUGUGUUAUCAACAAAAAUUCGUUGAAAAACGAAAUGACCCAAGUCUAUGUAACGGCGGCCAUAUCUGUUGAGAGUGCCCUAAAACGACGCAUCUGAUUGGUUACAUGAUUUCAAUGUAAAUAUCACUCUUGUGGAGACUGAAUGAAUAAAAUAUUAACUCAUGGUUGUUGUGCUUAAAUUUGUAGUUGCUGUAAAAGUAAUAUGAAACUGAAAUUAAUUAAAUCAAAUAAGAUUUUUAAUUGUGUGAAGCCAUACUGUCUGGCAGUGGUUUUAAUAGGGGCCUGUGUCAGCAACCCUGUCAUAACCUGUGUUUAUGGAAGAUAUGUGAAUAUAACCUGUACUUCUUUUGUGGAACCUGCACUUAUAAUCAAUUAAAUGAAAAUUAGUAAUAAACAUAAUAUGCAAUUACCAACAUAAACACUUGCUACAUAUUGUUAAAAUUGUAUUACAGCAUAACCAAAAACAUAUCCGGACUUCAAAUCAAAGUUUACGCGUACACCUUUUUCAUAGUGAAUAUAAAUCUAUUUAUACGAUGUUUUGUCAAAUGGCAGUCACGUGACUUAUGAAUAAAAUAGUGAACUUUUGCAGACGAAACUAAUGCAUUAACCCUCGGUCUUAUUAACAAAGACACUUGGGUGUAAAGUGUUCAAAAGUUUUGCAUUAAGUAAAAUACAUAAAAAUCCAUCAAUUGCAAAACGAUCAACCAUAUCUUACCUUUUAACCAGCUAUUUUCCACAUAACAAACAAUGGCUAUAGUAAAUUGUGUGUAGAGUAUCAUGUGCUAUUGUAUGACGUCAACGGAUGUCGCUUAUGUAUCAAACAGAGGCAAAACAAAAAAUGCGUCGAAUUAGGGCAGCGUCGAUUCGGGUCACUCAACGAUACAUUUUAAGUAAAUACUUCAUAAUUUAGAGCAGUUGACUCACAUCAUUAUUUGACUCUCAGCAUUCCAUUAAGACGCUAGUUAGUCUAAAAAGUUAUUGAGACUUCGGGGCUUUUCAUCAGGAAAUUGGGAAAAGUCCCUAGCCUUUCAAAUUGGGAAUUUCAUGCGCGAUAACUGCUCAUUUUGGGAAGGCCGUGUUUUAAAAAGUUUUUGAAACAGGGUCUUUUUCAUUGUGCAGACGUAUUAAAAGACACAUUGUGGUGCAUUCUUAAUCAUAAUAGAGCUCAUUGCUUUCAAUUUGUGAGAUGCCCAUUAUGUCUAAGUACAAUUUGGGAAAUUCCUCUAUCAAUUUUGGAAAAAAAUGACCUUAUUUACAAUAGGGAAGGGGCGGAAAGUCUUAUCCAAUCCAAAGAGCCUGGGUCAACAUUCUCAAAAAGGAUAAUCAUUAUUCAAAAGAAAAAAAUAGUUCUAUUGUAGAAGGUACAAUGUAGCUGUUUGAUUUUUUUUUAUCUAAUUCUGCGACUAAGCAAAUUAGUAGUAUACCUUUUUUGGUGAGUUGAUUUUAAUUGCUAAUUCUCUGAAACAGUUUAAUCUCAAUUUAUCCUAAUGUGUGUUAAAGGGUUGAUUAUUUCAUGCUUGUGACAAGUAUAUAUAAUCAUGAUAAUUUCUCUGGAGAGUUUAACAGAUAUAGUGAGAGAGAUAAAGUUGUACAGUUGAUUUUUCAUGUUCCAUUUUUCAUACCAUUUUAAGGGACGUAUAUUGUAAUACUGAGGACAUGUACAAGAUUGAUAAAAACAGGAAUAGUUAAAAGUAAUAAAGACAAAUUAACAGUUUUAAACAUAAUAUUAGGGAUUUUUUUACAUAAUGCUUAAUAUCAGCAGCACUCUUCCAUUCAUCAAUCAACUUUAAAAUGGAGUUAAAAGGACGGGUGAUUGUGUACUCAAUCCUUGGAUGCCCCCAUUGCAUGCGGGCCAAGAACACGCUACAAGAGCUUGGUGUGCCAUACACAGACAUUAGCUUGGAUAAAUUUCCACAUGUGAGGGCUGAUGUUCAGACGAGGACCCAGAGGCGAACAGUUCCACAGAUUUUUUUUAACGAGAAACACAUCGGUGGGAAUGAUGAUCUGCAGACAUUGGUAAGUAACAAGGAAGACUUCGCUGCAGCCCUGGAGGUUUUGAAGACCACAUCCCCAGGGCCAGAUGCCCCUUCUAUACCAGACCCAAGCACAGCUGUGAAAUCUGCUGACCCAGGGGACUUUGUAUGUGAGCCUGAUGAGUAUGCUGAACUCGUUCAAGAUCUGAGAAAGUCAGGAAUCAUCAAAGAUCAUCGCUCUGGUCUCCUCCGCUCAUACAAAAACUCAUUCAGUGGGAAAGACUUUGUUGAUUGGGUCGUGAAAACGAAACAGCUUGACAGAGAAAGAGCUGUAGAGAUGGGUCAGGCUUUGAUUGACAAGCAUUUUGGUCAUCACGUGAAGGGUGGGGAGUUGUUCCAGGAUGCUGACAUAUACUACCGCCUACUGGAGGAUGAUGACACAUCUGCACUGAAUUCUGGGUCUUCAGAUUGUGACCCAAGAUCUGCUGGUGCACUGGGGGAAGAUAUUAGGAAGUUGAUCUUGAAAAUUUACAAUAGCUUCUUAUCAUCUGAUGGCAAGAAAGUUAACUACAAAGGUAUCGGUGAAAGCAGCGAGUUUGAACAGUACAUACGUCUCACAAAGGAGCUGGUGCGAGUGCAGAUAGUUGAGGCGUCGAGGGAGGAGAAGUUGGCAUUCUUCAUCAAUGUUUACAACGCUCUUGUGAUACACGCCAAUGUAACCAUGGGGCCCCCAGUGAAUCUCUGGCAGAGGUACAAGUUCUUUAACACAGUGCGGUAUAUAAUUGGAGGGUAUGAAUACUCGCUACAGGAUAUCGAGAAUGGAGUCCUAAGGGCCAAUAGAAAAGGAAUUGGCAUGUUCACAAGACCAUUUGGUUCCUCUGACCCUCGUGUAAAGGUGGCACUAACAGAACACGAGCCUUUGAUUCACUUUGCACUUGUUUGUGGGGCCAAAAGCUGCCCACCCAUAAAAACUUACUCUUCUGAGGGCAUCUAUGAGCAACUGAAGCUGGCUGCAGAGUCCUUUCUAGAGGGGGAUGAUGGCUGUCAGGUGGACAUGGGCAAUAAGACCAUCAAGUUGUCACAGAUCCUCAAAUGGUACAGUCUGGACUUUGGCAAGAACAAGGAGGAGGUGGUAGAAUGGGUUCACAAGCACAUGGCUGAGAGUGAGAAGAGGUCACAAGUUGGGGAGUUGCUGAGCAGCAAGAACUUCAAGCUUUCUCAUAUGCCUUAUGACUGGGGAAUCAACUCAUAAACUGUGAACAAGAACUUGAAGCUUUCCCAUUCCUAAUGACUGGGUAAUCAACUCAUAAACUGUGAAGAUAAUACUCAAUCUUUCACAUAUGUAUUACAACUGAGGAAUCAACUCAUAAACUGUGAACAAGAACAUGAAGCUUUCCCAUUCCUAAUGACUGUUGAAUCAACUCAUAAACUGUGAAGAUAAUACUCAAGUUUUCCCAUAUGCCUUAUGACUGGCGAAUCAACACAUAAAUGAAUGGGAUAUAAAUGUAUAACCUUUGAAUCAAGAACAAAUCUUUUAACAUAUUAACUUGCACUAUUACUGGAUAUUCAACUUAAAACCUCUUUAAGCUUGAUUGGGUCAAUGUAACAGGCCUAUUUAAACACUAUUGAAUCUGUUUUUAUUAACGGGUACUACUUAUCUUAAGAAAGAUCUUGAGAACAUUACCUAUUUUAGACUAUGAGAGGUAUACAUGGAGGGGUAAUAGGCCAAAAUAAGGAUAUUUAUGAGACAGGGUCUCACUUCUUUUACACUCCAUGUUGUUGUUAACGUUGUGAUAUAUAUUGUUUACCUAUUUUAUACCAUAUUGAUUUUAUUUGUAUUGUAUAUUAACAAUUGUUAUUGUUUAUAGGGUGCACAUUUCA